AUGCUCUCGUGUCAAAGAUUUGGCGAUACGGCUGAAAUGAAAGACUAUCAUUACACAGGUCCAGUUGAGCACCGGUUUUCGCCGUACACGUUCAACGGCGGGACUGUUCUGGCGCUGGCUGGAGAAGACUUUGCCAUUGUAGCUUCAGACACAAGGUUGAGUGAAGGCUAUGCAAUCCACAGCAGAGAGUCUCCCAAAUGUUACAAGUUGACAGACACAACUGUUAUUGGCUGUAGCGGUUUCCAUGGUGACUGUCUGACUCUGACAAAAAUCAUUGGUGCCAGACUAAAGAUGUACAAACACUCAAACAAUAAGACCAUGACGUGCGGAGCCAUCGCUGCCAUGCUGUCUACCAUCUUGUACGGCAGGAGGUUCUUCCCCUACUACGUUUACAAUAUCAUUGGAGGCCUUGAUGCAGAGGGCAAGGGUGCAGUGUACAGUUUUGACCCAGUGGGAUCCUAUCAGAGGGAUUGCUACAUGGCUGGGGGAUCAGCUAGUGCCAUGCUCCAACCACUGCUAGACAACCAGAUUGGUUUCAAGAACAUGGAGGGCAUGGCACACGUUCCUCUAUCCCGCGAGAAGGCCAUUCAGUUGGUCAAAGAUGUUUUCAACUCUGCCGCGGAAAGAGAUGUUUACACUGGAGAUGCUCUUCAAAUCUGCCUCAUCACCAAGGAUGGGAUCACAGAGACGACCUUCAAAUUGAGGAAGGAUUGA